AAAUUUUAUUAUAAAAAUUUCUAUAAAAAUGUCAUCAUUACCAAUUCAAAGAGCUCGUCCUGUUAUUGAGCUUAAUUUAAAUGUUGAAGAGGCUAUGAUUGAAACAGUUGACUUGCUUAGAACAAUUAGAGUGCAGCUAGAAGCAAUAACUGGCACUGUUAAUGAAAGGCUAAAUCGAACAUUCACCGAUGCCGGUGAAGACCUUACAAAAAUAAUUCACAAUGUAGAAACUUUGUCAAGUAAUUUGGCUGAUUCUACAGGACAAUUAUAUCAUCCAAUUAUGUUUUCACUUAUCUUUUUAUUGUUUUUAUUGGUUUUGGCUGCUACUUUAGCUUGUAUUCUUUGUAAAAUAAGUGGAGAAAUUCAAAGACGGAAAAGGAAUCAACAACCUUAUGAAUAUUUUAUAAAAUCAGGCACAUCUACUACAUCAACAAAAUUAAAAAAUAAAAAUUUUAAAGAAGACAGUCAAGAUAAUAAUAAUUUAAGAAAAAAGGGAAGAAGAAAAAGAUUAAUUGGAUGGUAA